CCUCCCACACGUCAAUAGGAUUGUCCGCUGCCUCAGCAAUGGAGAACACCGCCGCUGAGCCGACUCUGUCCGAAGAGGAGACCUCAGCAUUGCACUCGAACAUUAAAACCAAAGGCACCAACAGCUACUACUACGCGCACAAGAAGCGCGAGGACGUGGAGAUCCACGAGUGGGAUGGCAAGGCUGCGCCUCGCCUGCUUAAAACGCAGUCGAUGGCUGCGUCCCAGUCUGCGGAAGUGACGGAAGCCAUCACUAAUUACGCAUGGGCUGACGGAAAGAAACGUGUAUCCAUGUACCUGAAGCUGCCUGGCAUCGGUGCCUACAACGAGGAGGAUACGCACAUCGAUUGGACGGCCACCAGCCUCACGGUCAAGAUCAAGAACUACGAGGGCAAGACGCGGCUUCUCGUGAUGUCCAAACUCUACGAUGAGAUCUCAGAUAUCAAGACCAAGCGCAAAGAGGAUCAGCUCGUGCUGCAGCUCGUUAAGGCUAAGGAGUUCAGCUGGCACUCGCUCAAGAAGGACGCGUAGACGUCAUCUGGGAAGCUCUUUGAUCCGCCCGCUGUAGGAGACAAGGAAGAAGCAAAACAAUGUAAUUAGAACAGACGAUGAGGAUGGAGGCGACGGGCGGCAGCAGACAUACACAAUAAUCUGGAAACACGUACUCAGUUAUAUCUA